AUGUUGCUUACAGUAUUAAAAUCACUCCUCGUGAUAUUCGUGACCUUAGUAUUGAGAGUUUUAUACGACACCAUAUCGUGUUACUGGCUAACACCUAGGCGAAUCAAGAAGAUCAUGGAACGACAAGGCGUAACCGGUCCUAAACCGCGUCCGUUAACCGGAAACAUCCUUGAAAUCUCGGCCAUGGUUUCACAAUCCGCUUCCAAGGAUUGUGACUCUAUUCACCAUGACAUCGUCGGCCGUCUUCUCCCGCAUUACGUUGCUUGGUCCAAACAGUACGGGAAGAGAUUUGUUGUGUGGAAUGGGACGGAUCCUCGUCUUUGCUUAACGGAAACAGAAUUGAUAAAGGAGUUGCUGAUGAAACACAACGGUGUAAGUGGAAGAUCGUUUCUUCCAAGCAAAUACAACAGAGAGAUUAAGUCCCUCAAAAUGGAAGUGGAACGUUUGUUGAUUGAGAUCAUACAAAGCAGACGAGACUGCGCUGAGAUGGGUCGGAGUAGCACUCACGGUGACGACCUUCUCGGGCUUCUCUUGAACGAAAUGGAUAGCGACAAGAACAACAACAAUAACAAUAACAAUCUUCAGUUGAUAAUGGAUGAAUGCAAGACGUUCUUCUUUGCUGGCCAUGAGACCACGGCUUUGCUCCUCACAUGGACAAUGAUGCUCCUAGCCGAUAAUCCCACGUGGCAGGAAAAAGUCCGAGAUGAGGUCAGGGAGGUCUUUGGCUGUGAUGGCCUUCCCUCGGUCGAUCGACUAUCCAAGCUAACCUCGUUAAGUAAAGUGAUUAACGAGUCACUAAGACUUUACCCUCCAGCUACCCUUCUACCAAGGAUGGCAUUUGAAGAUCUAAAACUAGGUGAUCUAACAAUUCCCAAAGGUUUAUCAAUAUGGAUACCGGUUCUUGCCAUCCAUCACAGUGAAGAGUUAUGGGGUAAAGACGCAAACCAAUUCAACCCCGAACGUUUUGGAGGUAGACCAUUCGCGUCCGGUCGCCAUUUCAUACCAUUUGCAGCCGGUCCCCGAAACUGCAUUGGACAACAAUUUGCAUUGAUGGAAGCAAAAAUAAUAUUAGCCACGCUAAUUUCCAAGUUUAACUUCACAAUAUCAAAUAAUUAUAGGCAUGCCCCAAUCGUUGUGCUUACUAUAAAACCUAAGUACGGAGUUCAAGUGAUAUUGAAGCCACUGGAUUCAUGAGGAUUUUGCAGUUACAAGAAUGUUUUGGAAUGCCUUGGUAAAACACUG